AUGGCAGACACAAAAGACAGUGCAAAGCAUGACCAGGACGACACACAGCCAGGCGAGAUCCUCAACCGACGCGAUGUCGCCGCCCAAUUCCUCGCUCGUCUUGAUACAGCCAUAGCAAGCACCCCCGUGUCUCCAGAAGAAGCUCGUCGUGUACUAUGGAAGAUCGACCUCAUCCUGAUCCCCUUGAUCAUGACCACCGUCGUGCUCGCCGCAGUCGACAAAGUCAUCAUCUCCAACGCAGCAAUCUACGGGAUGGAAGCAGACACCAAUCUCUCAGGAAGCCAGUACUCCUGGGUCGGCUCCAUCUUCUAUUUUGGUUAUCUAGUCUUCGAGUAUCCCUCCGCACUGCUCAUCCAACGCCUCCCUGUCGCAAGGCUCUACGCCGCCAUGGUCUUCGGCUGGGCGGUGCUGAUGCUCUGCACGGCGGCGACGCAGAACUUCGCCGGCCUCGCGACUGUGCGAUUUAUCAUGGGGAUGCUCGAGGCCACUGCGUUCCCCAUCUCCAGUAUCCUCACCGUCAUGUGGUGGAAGACCAGCGAGCAGCCCAUCCGCGUCGCAUUCUGGUUCAACCAGCUCUCGUCUGUAUUCGCAGGCCUGGUCAGCUACGGCAUCGGGCAGACAAACACUUCCCUCAGUCCAUGGAGGCUCCUCUUCCUUGUGCUGGGCGGAUUCUCAAUGCUCUGGGCCGCUGUGCUGUGGGUAUUCCUGCCAGACUCGCCAGUGCAGUGCUGGUACUUCUCCGACCGCGAGAAAUUCGUCUGUCUCGAGCGCGUCAAGGACAAUAACACCGGAAUGGAAGAUAAGACGAUCAAAUGGUACCAAGUGCGCGAGUGUCUCCUCGACCCAAAGACGUGGCUGCUAGCACUCUUCUCGCUGGCCCAGAACAUCCCAAACGGCGGCCUGGUGACAUUCUCCGCAAUUAUCGUCAAUGGACUGGGCUAUUCGCGACUCGUCACGACAGUCCUGGGUAUCCCAACCGGUGUCCUGGCGACGGUCUGGCAGAUCAUCCUAGGAUUCGUUGUCGCAUACAUCCCCAACUCGCGAUGCGCCAUUAUCGCCAUCGCAGAUCUAGUCCCGAUGGUCUGCGCUAUCCUCAUGUGGAAACUGCCCAGGGAGAACAAAAACGGACUGCUAGCUGCGUACUACGUCUUCUAUACCUACUGGGCGCCCUAUGUGCUGUCGACUUCGCUGCCCAUGGCGAAUACAAGCGGCCACUCCAAGAAAUUGACCAUGAAUGCGAUAUUCUUCCUCGCCUACUGCGUGGGAAAUAUUAUCGGCCCGCAGGCAUUUCAGGAAGACGAUGCACCAACCUAUUCAAAGGGGUAUGAGGGACUUCUUGCGUGUUUGGUUGUGGCGAUUUUCUCCAUCGGGGCGUAUGGACUGCUCUGUUGGUGGGAGAACCGGAGGAGAGACCGGAUACAGGAGGGAUAUGGAGAUACAGAGAUACCAGAGGAAUCGGCUUUCUCAGAUCUGACUGAUAAGGAGAAGAAGGGGUUUCGAUACACUUAUUGAUUGCAGUGAUAGCGAGUCAGUUGUCUCCAACGGCCCACAGUGCAGGAAGGUCG